UUGGGAAGACAAAAUAGUUUCUUGCUUCCCAAGACAAAAAGGAGCUCAAAAUAAUUCCCAGAAACCCACUACCUCCCACCGCCACAAACUUCUUCUCUCUGCGUGGAACCCUAAUUGCAGGAGCUUAUUCCUCAUAUAGUUUUCGUUAUUUGGAGUUGAAGUCAAUAUAUUCUGUUCUUGAAUUUGGGGAUCCUAUCUUCCCACCCCUGCAAUGGCUGCUAGGCUUCUAGCUAACUUGAUUGUGAUGGGCUCUGGAAUAAUGGCAAGAGCUUUUGUUCAAGCAUACCGUCAGGCACUUACGAAUGCCUCAAAAAAUGGAGUGGCUCAAGAAGCAGCAAAUAACAUCAGAAGAGGCAGCAAGAUGAUGACUGAGGCAGAGGCAAGGCAAAUACUUGGUGUCACCGAGCAUUCAUCAUGGGAAGAGAUUUUGAAGAGGUAUAAUAACUUGUUUGAGCAGAAUGCUAAGAAUGGAAGUUUCUAUCUCCAAUCAAAGGUUCAUAGAGCCAAAGAAUGUCUCGAAAGAUUUCACCCUACGCAGGUACAAGGGGUGAACUGAACUUGACGGUCUAUCAUAUGACUUCUCUCACACAUCUCUAACUCUAUUGCUGAUGAUUGUUUUUUUCCUCAUAUACCUGAUAUAAGAUUUUGAUCAGAGAAUAUCACCAUUUUUUGUUAAAUUCUUCGCCACUUGGUCUAUGGUCCUGUUAAUAAAAGUUGAAGACGAGAUUGUAUCUUAGCCUCUUAUUUCAGCAUUUGCUGCUUGUGGGCAACUUUCUGCUUGUACUCUAUUUGCUAUCAAUCGAAGCUAUAUUAAUUAUCAAGUUCAGGAAAUUUAUCACAUAUUUAUGAAUGCAACA